CAAAUUUAUCACUCUCUUCAAUCUCCCACCCACCUCCGCCUUUUUCUCAGGAAAGAAGACAAGUAGCUGGAGAAACAAUAGCAAAUCAAAACUAGAGUGAAACAGCGAUGGAAGGUAUUUCGGCGACCAUGUACAAGGGCUUGAAAGGGUACUGGAAGAGAAGAAGCUACGUGAAGCUGAAUGGUUCAAGUGGAGCACGGCGAAGCAGGGUGGAGCUCGGCACCUCACGGCGGAAGAGGUUCUGGAGGAUUAAGAUGAAGGCAAAGCUGAGAAUAAAGUCGCCCAAGAGGUUAUUCGUUUGGCUACGCGAUGCGUACGUGAAAAUGAUGAUGGGGUUGGCUAACUCCAGGAUGGUUAGCAGAGGGUGCGGAGGAGGCGUAGCGAAUCAAGGGAUCGCUGCCUUGGGGAAGCGUCCGAUGAAAGAGUAUGACGAGAAAAUGAUCGUUGAGAUCUACAAAUCCUUGGUGAUGCGUCAAGGUCAGUUAGUGGCUCGGGAACCAGGGAAGCUUUGCUCUGCAAUCCUGUGUCAACGGUAACAGAAUACGAAAAGGGUUUACUUUUUUGGUACCACAAAACCGUCGAUGAACAUUGGAGAAAGGAGGGAAACGAAUUAUUUAUGCUUGUUGUAAGCAUAUUUGUUAAAAAAUUUAUGCAUGUUAGACUGCUAUUU